UUGGUCUCUGACUGCAUUGACUUCAAUAAAACAUUUAAUUCGCUAAAUGGGAAAGACAGUAGAAAAAUGGAACAAAAUAAUGGCUGAGUGAUUAUUCAAGAGAAAACAAAAAUUUAAUUUAAAAUUUAUUUCCAUUUAUUGGAAGAAAAAAACCAAAGCAAAGUCACUUAUCUUGUGUGUUUGCGCGUUUAUUACUUGGCUAACGUAUCCGUCCGUUUAUCAAUGAAUGAUUGUAGUUUAACUUUGCUUCUCUGGCACAUGUGCAACUGACAAAAAGUAAAUGAAAAGAAAAUUACACAAAACAAACCGGAGGCUAAUGUAGACUCGGUUGUGUUUACGCAAGAAAAUCAUAUCACACAACAAACAGUUGUUUACGAAUGUUCAACGUGAACGAACACUUACUUAUCAAGUGCAUGAGAAAGUUUUUUGGUAAUAAAAAAGAUAGUACUAAUAUAAUAUUCGUCUAACGUCAACCACCGAGAAUUUUGUGAUUAUGGAUCCUAUUCAUAUUGAAGCUCCACCCGUCAUAAGGCCUUUAUCACCGGCAUUAGAAAACGUAGCGAUUAAAGAAUUAAAUGAGAAUCCUGCUCGCUUAGCGGAAGACCUGCUCAUAUUGAGACGUUGGAUUUGGAGUCAACCGCAUUUAAAAGCUCGAACCAAUGAUCAGUUUCUUUUAGCCUUUCUAAGAGGCUCAAAAUUUAGCUUAGAAAGGACUAAGCAGAAAAUUGAUCGUUACUACACUUUGAAAGCAGCUAUACCUGAAGUAUUUAAUGAACAGCGCCAAUCGGACGAUCCUUUAGUAUUGGAAAUUGUUAGAAUGGGGGUAAUUUUACAAAUACCGUUACCGCCCGAUGAAAGCAGACCUUGUGUGACUAUUAUAAGAUCGACAGCUUACGAUAUUAAUAAAUAUAAAUUUGCCGAUAUUAUACGAGUGGGUUCAAUGUUCGGGGAAAUCAUGAUGAUUGAAGACGACAAUUCCACUGUUUGCGGUUAUUUGGAAAUAAUGGAUAUGAUCGGUGUAACCGGUUCACAUCUUUUCCAUUUGCCGCCGGACUUGGUUCGCAAGUUUUCAAUAUUUGCUGAUGAAGCUAUGCCCAUGCGCCAGAAGGGUACGUGCUUCAUAAAUGUACCCCUAUCAUUUGAAAAAGGUUUCAAUACAAUGAAAGCUUUCUUCCCUGAAAAGAUGAAAAAUAGGAUAACUGUCAGUUCUUCGAUAGAUGUUAUCUAUGAUUUUGUGCCGGCCGCCUAUUUACCGGAGGAAUAUGGCGGUACUAAUGGCACAAUAAAUGACAUCAUUAAGCGUAUGGAAACGAAAUUAUUAAAAUAUCGUGAUUAUUUUUUGAAUGAACGUCACUACGGUACGGAGGAGAAAUUACGCGAGUGUAAUGUCAAAUACGACUAUGAAAGCCACUUCGGUAUUGAGGGGUCGUUUAGAAAGUUAGAUAUUGAUUAAGUUUACAUCCGUCUUAUUUGGCACUUAGGAAUGGACAAUAGUUAAGUCAUCAUUGCAGUUUAUUCACUGUUCAGGACACUUGAUGUAAAACGUCAGCAAAUGUUAGUAUUUAUUGAUAUUAUAUUUAUAAUACCACAUUGUCAAAUAAAGACGAAUGUAGGAAAUGGUAAUGUAUAACUGCUGAGGACUGAGUAGGGAGAAAUUAAAUUGAGAAAAAAUCAUAUUUGAAAAACAGAACGAGAAUCGAAAUACUCUUUUUUUUAUUAAUCGAUUUGGCAAAUGAACAAAUUCAUUGAUGAUUGUCUGUCCUGCAUUUAAUAAAAUGAAAAAUUUUAAAU